AGUAGUGAGUGCAGGAUGAUCCCGUCUGGGGCUGCAACGAGUGGGCCACAAGACUCGCGAAAAUCGAUCGGAUGGGUUCCUUAAUCACCCAGCCUGAAUAAUUGAUUUGAGGACAGCGACGUGAAUCAGAUAAAGACGAGUUCGCCAAGGAGCGGGCCAUCAUGAAUGACCUUGACGAGCGUGGCUGGAGCCACAUUCACAAUGCAGCCUUCCACGGCUACAUUAAGUCCAUCCAGCGCUUUGUGGCCGCCAGCGAGGACCAACUGGAGUUCCCAACCAAUGAUGACCGGCUCAUGACUCCGCUACUGCUGGCUGUGGAGAGUGGCAAGCUGGACACAGUCCGCUGCCUGGUGGAGCUGGGCUCUGACCUCCGCUACGUCAACCAGCAGAACCUGAGCGCCGUCGAGCUGGCUUGCCUCAAGAUGUACGUAGAGAUCAUGGAAUACUUCAUCAAGCUGGACCACAAGGACUUGCCGGUCUGGACCAAGCUAAUCAAGUUUGCUGCAUCCGACUCGGAUGAGGAGGCCGAGUCGGCCGGCAGGAUGCUGGUUCAGCUGACGGAGCCGGGACCGGAUGGCACACUUAGCCCAAACUGGGAAGCCAUCGUGGAAAACCAAGGUGUCCAGGCCACCAUGAAGAUCAUGAAGACCAUGGUCUCGGACAGGGCCAAACACUACAUGUACACUUUGCUGCUCAACAUCAUCCAGUCGCAAACGGUCAAGGAACAGAUCAUCAAGCACGGUGGCAUACCGACAUCUCUGGAACUUUUCAAGAGCGACUCUAGGGAGCUAAUCUUGGCUGGCGCCUCGAUGCUUUGCCACCUCUCCAGAGUCCAGGAGUAUGUUGACCCACUGGUGAGGAAUGGAGCCAUCACAGCCCUCAUCAAAAUCUGGCAGACCAACAGUGAUCAGGAUAUCUUGGUCCAGGUGACGGAUACGCUCUCGGAGAUUGCAGCCGCAAGCGCUGAACACAGACAGACUAUCGGGGGCACCAGUGGCUCCAUGGUAGCGCUCGUCAGUCUGUUUGACUCCUGCCUGUCCAAAGAGUCCAAGCAGCUCAAGGCCCUCCUUGUAUCUCUCACCACAGCGGUGCAAAAGAUCGUUCAGGAGGAGAAGCAGAACCAGGACAGCUUUGUCGAUGAGGGGGGCUCGUCGGCCCUGAUCACCCUCGCCAGCACCAAGAACAGAGAACUGCAGCUGAAUGCCAUCAGCGCUAUCCACUGCCUGGCUAAAGACAACCCUCACACCCAGAAGAUCAUCCUGGAGGAGGGUGGCGUCAUCCCACUGAUGACCCUCCUGAAGAGGAGCAGCGCCCCAAAGGUGCAGGUCUGCACGGCUGGCGCUCUGUGGGCCCUGGCCGGGGAGGACGUGGACGAGCGGCGCACCAUGGCGGGCAUGAUUGGUGUCAACCUCCUCAUCGACUUCCUGAAUGCCCAGGUGGAGUAUGACGUCCUGCACUUCAUCGGGGCAGAGGGGCUGGCCGUGCUGGCCCAGGGACCCCACAACAAGCAGAACACCAUCGCCCAGGCCAAUGGCGUUCAGCCCCUGGUUCGACUGCUGCGUUCACCCAAGGAGCACAUCGUCCUGAGCGCCAUACGUGCCCUGCGCCACCUGUGUGUGGGAAUUGGGUACAAGCCCCACAGGGAGAAUCAAGAGAUGGUGCUGAACUCGCGAGGAAUCCGCUACCUGGUGGCACUGAUGGUACACUCCAGAAAUGAACUCGUCCGAGUGGAAUCAGCAUUAACCUUAGGCUGUUGCUCCGUUGGCAACAUGGAAGUCAUGAAUGACAUAGCGGACAAUGUGGACUUCAAUUACGUGCACAUACUUCGUCUCCUGUACUCCAGAGAUGAUCUGGUGCGAUUGCUGGCUGGCUCUGCCUUGGCCGCCUUUGCCUUCAACAGCACCACGCAGCAGCACGAGAUCGCCGACUCGGGCGGUGUGCGUUACCACUGCUUUGUUCCCUUCCUUGAGUCUGACAACGAGUUCUACAGGUGCUGUGCUGCAUUUCAGGUUGUCGUGCUUGCUCGCAUCAUACCAGAUGAGGAGCAGGCCUCAUCGUCAGCAGUGGGUAUUAAGCUUAUCGUCGACCUCUUGGAGAGCUCCAAGAGUGAGUACAUCCAGUCGCUGGCCGCAGACUGCAUUGCCAGGCUGGCUCACACCAGAGCAGGAGUGCCGGCUGCCAUCAUUUCCAUAGAUGCCAUAAGCCUGCUGUGUAAGUACAUGCUGUCAGAAGACGAGCAAGUCAGGGGGUGUGCAGCCAUUUCACUGGGCUAUCUAAGCUUCAACCAUAAAGCCGAGAGGGAACUUCUAAAUAAGUGUCGGCAAGAUCCCUACUUGUUCAAGGUUCUGCAGUAUUACACGCCUAACUACCGACUGGCUGAUGCAUUCUUGGAUGCUUGGAAGCACUACAAACACAUUGGCUUACCUCAUAUUGACACCUCCCAACGACCAUGUCUUGUUGCCAAGAAGACAGUGCCAUACCUAAACAACAUCAAGAACCCUAACAUGCGUCAGUACACGAUACUGAGCUUUGGGGAGACUGGAUUGAGUCACCAGCCAAGUUCUCCAACGAACCAGCAGAGUUCUAACUACCACGACGACGGGCUCACCGUGGUCACCGACAACCAGAUCAUCCCCCGUCAGGCCAGCGGCCCUCGCUCCACCCACUCGCGGAACAGCCGCCACCAGGCAGUCACCAGCCACCCGUCCACCCCUGCAAGUCACAUGUCCUCGCAGAAGUCGGCCGUGAUUGCGCGGGAGGGCGACACGUGAGAAACGAAGAUUGCAUCAUUUAAAAAAAGAAUCAAAAUGCUAUAGCUUGAAAAACGUCCCAUGGAUACCUAAAGUCAGCCUGUGAUUUAGAAAUAGAUCUUUUGAGGGAUAAGGAUUGGGGGGGGAUGUAAAUUGCUCCAGUUAUUGGACAAGGACUGUGGCCACAGUCUAGAUGAUUUUCAUUCGUUGAUACUCUAUCGUUGCCAAUUUUCAUUUGUGGUCAGGUCACUGUAAAUAUGUACAUUUUGUUAGAAUGUGGAGAUGUGAAUAUUAGGAAUGCAUACACGCACAAAAAAUCCUGCUCUACCAAAAUGUCAUUGAAAUACUUCAGUGGUUAAAUCUUUAGCCUGAUACCCUAGGGUACACUCUGGUGUGGGCAAAAUCCUAUUGAAAUUUGAGGAUUUAGCCCUGCCGGAUACAGUCGAACCUCGUUAUUAAGAGGUCCUCGGAUUUAACAAAUUACCAUGUUAUAACAGGAACCUUGCAUUAUCAGGAAUAAAAACAUUGAAAAACAAAGGACUGGGACCAGACAAUUAAUUUCCUCAUUACAAGCAGAGUCUUGUGUUAACAGUGCUCUUAUUAGCGAGGUUCGGCUGUAGUUGAAAUGCCAUUUGGUGCUCUAUUUGGCCAGUCAGAUCUUUGUUCUUUGAUCUGAAGGUGGUUGGUCCACCGUCCAUUUUUUUUAAAAAUUCGACUAAAUGAGUAUUUAUCCUUUUUGUACAUGUUUUUUCCUGAUUCGUGUGUUUGGAAGGAUAUGGGGAGCAGAAACUUAAUCCUUCCAAACGUGGUAUACGGGUAUUGUAAUUACAUUGAAUGCAGUGCAUCUUCCUAUUUUUACUUCAAAUUCAGCAAUAUGCUCCUUGCAGAGACAGAAGCGUCCCGGCAGGGAUCUCUUGUUCGUAGUAAGUUACAAUGUUCAGGUCUUGCCGGUGUGACAAUAACUGUCAAGGACAAACACUAAAGGUCCAGGUCUGCUAAACUUACGUCACGUUUAUCAUUGAAAAAUUAAAGCAGGAACAUCAUGCUGAAUGGUGUUUUCAUCGGAUGGCUGCUUUGCCGGCGUAUUCAUUCCCUGACUGUUGCUUGUCAAAUAAAAAUAUGUCCGUACACGUACACCCAUGUAGGUACAUUACCUGCCCAUGGGCAUGGCAAAGGCAUUUUUUGGGGGGGAGGGGUACCAGAGUCAAUUUACCGUCUUGUGUAAAAUUCACAAAGUGCGGAAAAAUUGAGAUCCAUGGUAUGCUACACGUCGUGCUUCAGGGGAACCUGUAUCGUUUAUGUACCAAGUUUGGAUUCAUUUGCCAACCGCAGCUCUAUUUGCUGACUGGUGCCAUGCCCCCCAGUCUUUAUGCCCCUGUACUUAACCACUGUCCAAGUUGAUCUAUCGGGACUGUAUUUCAUGAUUCAGUGAAGUACAUUGUACAUGUAUGCAUACGCUGUGUACGUACAUUUUGUACAUGUACAGUGCAUGCAAAUCGCUGAUUGAUGAAUCCAUUUAGUGACGGCAACACAGCCACGUACAGUAUAACCAGGGUUUACGAGCAAACAAAGGAACCCUUCAUUAAAAAAAUGUACUGAUGUCAUGGCAGGUUGUACAGUCAUGUACUUACAAGUCGUUUGGGGUGUGUCUGAGUCCUGUUACUGGGACCAACGGCUUUCAUACAGUAGGUGCACGUGCUACUUCUGAGCCACAGCCUUAAUGUUUAGUUGCGGCUUUGUAAGCCCCAGUUUAGUUUUCUGUUUCGCAAUUACUGUGCUGGCGAAAGCCACCCACAGCUGUUGUGGAUAGUAUGUGUGUUGCAUCGAUCACUGCCCGCAAAGCUUGUUUUAUGGAUAAGAAGUGAAAAAUCUUGCAGACAGUCUUAAUUUAUGAAGUGCAUUCCUCAGGGUUUUGGUUCAGAUUGUGAAGGCUUAGAGUCAUUUGAGGCAGCAUGCUACACGAGUUCUGAAUGUCACAAUAAUGGAUGCAUUUCCUUAGAUGCAAGUACAGGCACACUGGACAUGGUGCUGUGCAUGGUUUCCUGUGCCGUAU